CCUCCCUUUAGUUGCUGCAUGUUCCCGCAGUUGGACGGAGAGGUGCCUUACCCCCACAGCGUGUUCCUGCGCGGAGCUUUGACAGAAUUUUCCCACGCUACAGGCGGUUUCUCUCUCUUCCGGUGUUCGCUGUUAGAAGCCUUGACUUAGGAAUAACAGAUAGCAAAAACGAUGCUGACAGAGUACAAGAUGUUUGUCCUCGUGGGCGUGGUGAUGGGCGUGGCCAGUGUAGUCGCCAGUGGUUGCCUUGAGUGUCAGACAAACAGCUUCCCCGCCCACGACAGAGGAGUGUCAGCCUGGCCCUCCUCCGCCCGCAGAGACGGCGCCGUGACGCCCGUGCUCAACAAACUGCGCCGCGGAGGUUUCACGCCCAACAACCCCUUCAUUCUGCGUAAUAUCCAGCCCACACGCCCGCGGUUCAGUGAGAACGAUUUCCUCAUUGGAGACAUAGAUGACUACGAUGAGGAUGACCACAAGUUCCCGUGGCUGCCCGCUACGAGGCCCUCCUUCUACUCGAGCCACGCCAAGGAGCUGCCAGGCCUCGAGCACAUCCUCGAGGACAAGCUGAGCCCCGUCGGCCGCCAGCUGAAGGCGCGGCGCCCCGGCAAACAAGCCUCGGACAUGUUCUCGAGGAAGGCCGUGCUGGGCAACAAGCGCAAGAACAAGAUGAGGAAGCACCGCCAGCGCCUCGGCAAGGCCCUUGGUUCCUCCUUCGUCGGGAGUCAGCGCGUCCCUGGCUUCGUCCAGGUGAACAACCCUCCUCACAUCUCCGAGGACGACCUCCAGCGAGAGGACGGCGAAGGAAACGACCACCGGGUUAUGCCCGAAGAGCACGAGGACGACCAACUGACUGUGCCAGAGCUGUUCGCCGGCGCCAGGGCGUUCCCCAAGGACUUCGCUUCUGGGGCGCGCUUCGGCAGCAAGGACUUCCACCCCGACCCGGCCGCCAAGGCCUCCUUCCAGACGGAUCGUUUCCACGGCGAGAACGAGAGCGAGCGAGAGGGCUUCCGGCAGAGCGUCCUCAGCAAGACUCCCUUCGCCAAGGACUUCGGCAGCAACGGCUUCUUCGAGAGUGCGCCCCGCGAAGACUUCGACCACAAGCUGACGUUCCCGGAGCCUUUUGCCGACCUAGGGCCCUUCGGCGAGACCUACAAGGAGCGGGAGCCUUUCGCCGCGGGCGAGCACGACUUCGGGGCCCUGGGGAGCUACCGCCAGCCGGAUUUCCUGCAGGAGGGGGGAGGGGGCCUCGACUGGCUCCACUCCCCGCUGUCCGGCCUCAACCUGCCGGCGUCCAAGGACAUCAUUAGCGCCUUCGAGCACCCGAAGAUGACCACGGAAGCCCAGCGAGAGGCAUGUCACGCGAGGAACAUUCACACCUGCGGGAGGAAAGUGAUCACGGAGUUCACUUUCGAGCCUGACUUUCCAGAGAAGUGUAGGAUCAGAGAGGAGUUCCUGGACUGCAUGGAGCUGCAGCGCCAGCAGUCGUGCGAUGUGCCCGAGGGCGAGCACUUCAGCAGGGAAGGCACCAAGAUUAUACGAGACAAGAUCAAGACUCUCCUUUGGUCCGCCCGGGGCUGUAUUCUGGGCUUUUCUGCUUAAGACGUUCCUUGGGUUGAGGGAGAGGGAAGGGAGAAGGGAAGGGAGGGAGGGAGGAGGAGGAGGGAGGAAGGGGGAGAGGGGGAGAGGGGGAUGUCUUUGGUCCUGGUGAUGUAGGUGUGAUUUAUUUGUUUACAUUUAGGAUAGACUGUUCGAUUGGUGUUCUUCGUUUGUUUCUUUGCCUGGAUGUUUGUCUUUCUUUUUUUUUUCCUUUUCUUUCUUUACCUGUUUUCCAUUAACUGUUUCUCUUCCUCCUUCCUCCUCCUUCCUUCCGUUUUCUCUCCGUGUCUCCCUAUCUCGCGACCUCCUUCACUCUUUCCCUCCCGCCUUCACUCUCUCUCUCUUCCCUCCCUCCCUCCGUCUUCCCCUCCCUCCCUCCCUCCGUCUUCCCCUCUCUCCCUCCGUCUUCCCUUCCCUCCUCUCCCUCCGUCUUUCCUCCCCUUCCUCCCUCUAUUCUUCCCUCUCUUUCUCUCUCCCUUUCUUCCGAGCACACCCAGAACCCUGCAGACCCUUCUUGGCUCCGUCUCCGUGGCCUCUGAUGCACGGGAACCCAUCUCUGUUUUGCGAGACCUCUUCUUCCGCAGAUAACGUGUAGUGAAGCUCAAAAUAUAUGUAAGAUAUUGUAGCCAUUACUUCGAGAGUGAGUAGAAUCUUGACAUAGAUUUAUAUGGCUUGGUGUAGGGAGAGAGAUAGAAAAGCAAACACAUAUUUAUUUUUCUCAGAAGGACGUGUAUAUAAGCAGUUCACCUAAAGUGUCAAAUUAAAGAUAGGCAGUAUUCCUUUGAUAAAGAAAAAAUAUUUUUAUUUUUGGUAAGUCAUCGUGUUCAAAUUCAACAAUUUUUAUAGAGAAAUCAGUAUUAAAUUCUAUAAGACUUGCUGUCAUAUCAACAUUUCAUACUGUAUGAAUAGUGACGUGAUCAUACUUUUUAUAUCAGAAAUAUCAGGGUUUCAGGAUCUGAAAUAUCGUUGAUAAGGAGAGAAACUGCUGUUUGUAGUUCGUGUCAAAUGAAUGUAGAAUGCAGGACUGUAGCACAAACUUUCAUGGUAUUUGUAGAUGGUUUAUUAUUAUAGCCAAGAAUGAAAUUACUGUAUGUGCAAUAAAAUACUACAUUCUGUAUUAA